AUGUUUGUCAUAACCAAGCUGCUGGCCUUGGGCCUAGUCCUCGCUAGUACUCACUCAGUCCAUGGCAAACUCCUCUGCUUCUACAACGAGAGAGGCUGCAACCCUUGCGGCUACGCUCUCUGCUGCAAUGGCGAGAUGAAGCCAGGCGACUGUUGUGGCAUUGAUAAUUCAAAUUGGUGCAAGGAUAUGUCUGGCGAAGAUCUUCCCUUAACGACUCUCGUGAACUUCUACAGCACCGACAAAGCCGUGAACAUCAUCCGCACCAGCACUCCAAGACCUGAUGGAAGCCGCUGCCUGUCCACUGGGCGACCUGCGAGCAUAGAGCCACCUGCACAGUGUAGCAUUCAAUACGGCGAAGUCGAUCGUAGUGACGGCACGAAUGCUCUUGGACAGCCAGGCUUCCUUGGCAGGCGAGUGGACGGCGAGUCAAGCAAGGAGAAACGGUGCUGGCCCCCAAACCACGUCCGCUGGACGACAUCGGAGGGUGUCACGAUGCUAGGCCACAUCAACGAGAAGCACGGCAAAAGCGGUUUGCAGAAAGUCAUGAUGGUUCUGAACAGCGAAGGCGGCCAGCAGCUGACGGAUGAGGCUCGGAGGAUGUAUGACGGAGGCGAGAAGGAUCCGAAAGCGGAUUUGCUGGAUAGCGCGUGUCGGUAUGGGGAUGUUAUGGAUCAGCCGGUGCAUCAGGAGGAGUUUGAGAGCGAGGGGACGGCAUUGCAGGAGAUCGACUGA